GUCUUUUGUUGUCCUAUCGCCGCUGGCGCUGCCCGGUAGUGCCGCUCUCCGCCUCAGGGCCGCGCGGGGCUGAGGAGCUCCCGCUCUGGAAACAGAGAAAAGAGGACGGGCGUGCCGGGGCGGCUGUCGCCGCUGGUGGGGAUCCGGAAACCCGAUUUUCUGUCUCUGUGCGGAAGCGGCCGAUGGAGCACGAGCAGCGGGAGGCGGAGCGGGAACACGGCCGCUACAUGGAGCGCCGGGCGGUGGCCAGAGAGCAGCUGGCGCAAAUAGAGGAGCACAAGCAUCAGGCAGACCUGGCCAAGCAGGAAAACAAAAGAGAAGGUGAAAAAAUACAAAGGCUGGGCCAGUUGUACCAACUGGAAAUUCAGAGAGGAAAAGAAAAGGAACAGGAGGAGAAACUAGAACGCCAGAGGCAGUAUCAUGAGCAUGCAGCUGAACAGGAAAAAAUUAAAAAUGAAGAGAAACAAAAAGAAGACAAAGAGGAUGAUCGAAUUAGGGCUUAUAUUAAAGAAAAAGAACUGAUGGCUGAUCUGAGAAGAGAGAAAGAUGCAGAGACCAGCAGGCUAAUUGAGGAGCACCAGGACAAAGCUUGUAAAAAACUAACUGCACAGAUGAACAAGGCAUUGAGGAUGGAAGAUGAUCGUCUUGAUCGAGCAGCUGCAGAGGUAGAAAAUGAGUACCAAGUGAAAAACAAAGAGAAAGAAGCUAAAAAGAAGGCUGCCAUUGAAUCUAUUGCUGAACACAGAGCCACUGAUGCAAAGAUGAAAUUGCAGAAGGAGAGAGAGGAAAAAGCAGAGGGUGAGAAGGACCGCAGUCAGUGGAUGACAGAUGAUCGUAUCUACCUGGAAAUGGAAAAAGCUAAGAAAGACAAACAGCAUGAUGCAAACGUAGAAUUACAGAAGUUUCGAAUCCAGCAAAUGGCAGAGAAACAGGCAAAAAAACAGCAGGAAAAACAAGCGGACUUGGACUACGAUGCGCAGAGAGAAGCCACCUUUCAUUAAGAGCAAAAAUUUCAGAGAUAAAGACAGUGAGUAACUUAAUGUGUCACGAAUGCAUGUAACUUUUAUUCUCCCUGCCAAGCAUCCAGGGUGGUAACAAGGCUCGGAUUUAGGCCUCCUAAGUAAGUUUUAUUCCUUUUUUUUUAAUUAUUCUUUUUUAAAUCAGAAUUAGUAUGGGAUACUGCUGGAACUCAGCUACAUCAGUGUGGCUGAACUACUACUUCAGAAAAGGUGCUUCAGAAAAGAAAAUGUACAAAGGAACAUUAAGGGUAUUCAGCAAGAAUUCAUAAAAUAUCAGCUGAAGAUUGUAAAAUUAAAUGAGUGUUUAUUCAGUAUACUAAAAAAAAAAGGCUUGUGUAGCACUAUCCCCAUCCUUCCUUGACAAAUGUAUGUGAGCUGCUGUCUUGAUCAGACACAGAGCAAAUUCUUGGAAUUGGGCAGCGAUGUUGAGACUUACGUGCCCUUCAAAUCCCUCUGCAAGAACACAGCCAGGACUCAGAGCACAGUCCCAGGUAUUGCUGGGGGCAGCUGAGCUGUUUCUGGACAGCAGGACAUAGCUAAGUACAGCUAAUUCUUUGUAUCCACUUUAGUCAGUGCAGCAAAAGGGGCUGGUUGUGGAAUGAAGAAGCUGCUGCUGAGAACAUCAUUCACGAUGCAUGUAUUUUUGGGGCAUUUGCACAAAGUAGGAGUAGUUUGGGGUCAUGGCUCAGUACUCAUCACUGUUUGGAGCAUAUCUUCCUUCUUAAGUUUUCAUCUAAAAGGUUCCAGUUUGUCAUUACUCUGAAAUGUGAAAAGCACAGUAAAUAGGAACAACCAGAACAACCAAGAGAUCUAUCUCAAAACUCGUUUCUCAUCUACAGAAAAAUGCUAAUAUUGCUGAACUGUCAGCUAAGUCAUACAGCAUUCCUUCCAAUUAUCUUGGAAUAACUGAUUUGUUUGGAAAUAACCUUUUUCUUUUGGGGGAAAAAGAGGCAUGGCAAUUAGCUUCUGAAAUAGUCUCUCAAUCCUUGUAUACUUUUUUUUUUUUUUAGAUCACUAAUGAAAAAUUUAUUUCCCCUCUCUCUGAGCUAGUGCUCUUUUAAUUACCUCAAGCUUUUUUUCAGCAAAGAAUGGAAACUUUUAAUAAAGUCUUUUGAUGGCAGAAGCUGAAACCUUGAGAAGAAGCACUGACUACAGUAAGACUUGUACUGAAGUCUGCAGAGCUUGAUAAUGCUCCAAAUGCAUACCCAAGUGCACAUUUGCACAUGCUCACAAUUGGUGAGUUAAACGUGCAAUUGGUGAGUUAAACGUGCAAUUGGUGAGUUAAACGUGCAAUUGGUGAGUUAAACGUGCAAUUGGUGAGUUAAAUGAUUUUAGUCUACUUUCACAGCAACAAGAAGUAAGGUGGAUUGCAGCCUCACCUCCUAAUUAGCUUUAAAUAAUAAAAAAAAAAAAUCAAAAGCCCUGUUCUGUAGAUUGUGUGCAUUUGAAAUCCACAUUUCCAUGGGGCUUAUACCCCUUUUUCUUGGAGUGUCUACAGAAAUACCAAAUUCAACUACCAGAAAGCAAUUCAUCCUUUCAGUUUACCUACAGUGAAAUAAGCAUCUAGGGUAGUUUUUAAAACACACUGGCUAAAUGUGGAUUCAGUUGUUUGUUUCAACAUUAGAAAAGCAUUAAUCAGUGAUAUUGCAUUGACUUCCAAAGGUGUGUAUGCUUUGUGUGCUUGCUUAAAUGACUAACUCUCGUUAGUGAUCCCUAUAAAAGAGCAAAGAAGUUGUUUUAGCAACAUGAAGAAGUAAAUAGUUGAGGUUCUAGAAUUUUUAGUGACGAAACAUUAUGAUAACAUCUAAUUGUUCUUUACAGUUGUCCUCCAUGAAAGGCAAGAAUGGAAAUCUUGCAAGAAUAAUACAGAAGACUAAAGUAAUUUUUAUGUUUGAUAUGUUGAAGAACACAAAGGAAGAAGAAAAGACUGGGAAGAAAUUCAAAGAACAAUUCCCUGUGCAAGUAGAAGCACAUGAAAGCUAUUGAACAGCCUGAGAUGAUAAAUAAAUGAAACAGUGAGAAAGUUCAGCUCACUCAGUCUGGCAAGGAAGAAGCUCAGGAGAGAGCUAGGAGCAGCCUGCAGCUGUUGGAAGGGUAGUACAGCUAAAGCAGAGCCAAGCUCUUCUUGGAACUGUCAGAUGAUUGAUAUAACAGAUUAUUAUGUGGGAGACCAGGUUGAUUGUAAUGAAACACCAUGUUCAUGCUGAAAGAGGUUAAAAUUGGAUCAUUUUGGCUAUAAUGGUGGUCAGCUAUCACCUGAGAAGGCUUUGAAAUGUUCACAUUUAAAGCAGGAGGUCAGUCUAGCUGACCACCAGUGGUCCUUUUCAACAACAACUUAAAAGAUGGCAAGAGAAUACAGUUAGCAAAAAUACUGGUAAGCGGAGACAAAUAAUUGACCUGGAAAAUCUGCUGAGAGGUAUCUCUAGUCUAAUGCCAAGUGUCACUGCAUAUUUUUAUUAGCUAAAGUUGCAAUUUAUAGUUAGCAAAUCAGAAUAUGCUUUGAGAAAUAACUUGGCUACUAAACAUGAAUUACUGAUUUUGCUCAACAGAGCCUCCUCUCAGCUGCUGCACUGCCUUGCUUCAGGAAGUCAUAGGACACAUGCACAUAACUUAACAGGUAUUGGUCUUGUAAGAAGGCCAGGAAAUGCAGGGUGGUCCCAGAGGAACUGAUACAGACAACUUAAACUGUGUUUUUUUUUUCAAAUGUGUCACCCAACUCUGUGGAAAUAGAUUGUUAAUUUAAGUGCUUACCUCCAGGGUCAAAUGUGAUUUUCCAGCACAAUGCCAUAAGUCUGAUGCCUGUAUGGCUAUAGCAAUAGUCUCGUCAGAUCGAAUUCUGACACAGAAGAUGGAAUAGAGGAGCUUUUUAAAUACCUCAUCCUAGGUAGAUUUAAGUUAAUCAUCUGUGCAGUUCUGUACUGUCAAGUGGUGAUCUGGGCUAGAGUUCACUAGUUCUAACAUUACAGGCUGCUACUGCUCAACUCAGAGGAAGGAUGAAGAUGACACCUAACUGGAACCAAACUUCUACUGAAGAGAAGAGUUGGCACCACAGGGCAAUUACGAAUGGACACUUUCAUUUGUCACUAUAGACUGGCCAUAUAUAACUCUUCUGAAAUUUUUUUCAAAACUUAACGGUGGUUUUAGGUCAAUGAGUUUUUUGUUUUAAUGGCUAAGUUCUUUUAGGUUUGUUAUUUACUUAUACCUUUUUCGUAUUUAUAAUACUUUCCCAUUUCAAGUCAUGUAAUCUUCCUCCUUUGGUAAUUCAUCUUUGUCUCUGCUGAAUCUUCAUUCUUGUUCUGGCAGUGCAUCUUUUUCUCUGGUAGAGAAUCUUCCUUUUAGUUCUAAAUAGCUCAAAAAAAAAAAAAAAGACUUCAGAGGCAGUUAAAGUGAAAGGUAGUGCUACGAUAAGACUGUACGAGAUACCCUUCUUUAAUUCCUUCUAUUUAAUGCGUUCUGCUAUGUUUCUAAAUUUGGACUCCGUAGUUAUUCCACUUACGCUCCUGUACUGCCACCAGUGCAAUCUAAGCUUCCUUUAUGGCCUAGUAAAUGAUUCAAACCUGCUAUUUAAUGUAUUAAACCAAUCUUUUAAAAGAUCUAAAACAGCUUUAAAACAUAGCUGAUUGUAGCUACUUGAUACUAUCCCUAUAUAAACCAGCAUCAUAUAUAUAUAUGUGUUCAAAAUCUGGAAACUACGCAUCCAGCAACUGGAACAGGGGCAUGGCAGACAAGUGGAAUUUGGACUGUCUUUGGCAAAGCUUAGUAUUAUAUUACUACUGUAGGGCAAUUACUAUUGUUUCAAUUACAACCCAUCAAUUCAUAUACAUUCAAUUGUAUAGUAGUUACAAAUUACACAGCAAGACUUAAAACUUUCUUUCUUUCUUCUUCAGAAAUACGUCUGACAAGUAUAGAAGCACCUACAAACCAAUAAGAAGCUAUAGCCACUCUGCAAAACCUACCAGUGCCUAACAGCUGAAGCCGAUUGGAACACAUAACAAGACAUGCAAUGUGCUGGAACCUGCCUAUAUUCAGCUUCAGCUCAGGAAACAAUUACUGUAUCUACAGCCAUAGGCUUCAAUACGCAAUUGUAAUAGUAAUUACUGUACUUUUAUUAUGAAGCACAGCAGAAGAUUCACUUUGAGGAAGUCAAGAGGUAAAAACCUAAAUGUGAUUUAUACUUGACAUCUGUGCUGUGCUCCUUGAGUAUUACUGGGCUUCAAAGCUUAAUUAAAACCUUGUGUUGUGGCUUUAAGAAAACCUGAAUAAUAAAACUGAGUAAGCUGUUUAAAAAUA